UCAAACAAUCGUUGUUUCAGUCCCAUCAUAAUUUUCACCCAACUCUAGGAUGAGCGAGGGUCAUGGCAGGGCGUUUGCCUUGACAAUUUCGGUGUUGAUGGUGGUCACUGGCUCGCUGAACACCAUCUGUGCUAAAUGGGCAGACAGGAUGAAAGCCGAGGGAGUACCGUUCAACCAUCCAUUUUUGCAGGCAACUUGUAUGUUUUUCGGUGAAUUCAUGUGCUUAGCUGCGUUCUUCAUUCUCUUUUAUUACAAGAAAUACCAAUGGAACAGAGCCAACAUUACGGGAGUAGGUGGUUCUAUCACCGACAUAACAUCGGAUAGCGAACCCCAGUUACCCCAGUUCAAUCCGCUGGUAUUCCUGCCACCUGCCUGCUGUGACAUUCUUGCAACAUCCAUCAUGUAUAUCGGUUUGAAUCUCACCACGGCCAGCAGUUUCCAGAUGCUCAGAGGAGCUGUCAUCGUUUUCACUGGACUGUUAUCCGUUGGAAUGCUUGGAGCACGGAUUCAGGGAUACAAGUGGAUUGGAAUGAUCCUCGUCAUACUCGGUCUGGUAGUUGUUGGAGUGACCGAUAUCAUGUAUGACGACGAUCCACUCGAUGAUAAGAACGCCAUCAUUACCGGAAAUCUCCUCAUUAUAAUGGCACAAAUAAUUGUGGCCAUCCAGAUGGUUUACGAGCAGAAAUAUCUGAACCAAUAUGAUGUGCCAGCUCUUUUUGCCGUUGGACUUGAAGGACUCUUUGGCAUGACGAUUUUGUCUGUGUUAAUGGUUCCAAUGUAUUAUAUUCAUGUACCUCACACGUUUUCCACCAAUCCGGAGGGUCGUCUUGAGGACGUCUUUUUUGCAUGGAAGGAGAUUUGUGAGCAACCAUGGAUUGCUGUGGCUUUAGGAGGAACCAUCGUCAGCAUUGCAUUCUUUAACUUUGCUGGUGUUUCGGUGACGAAAGAACUUUCCGCAACCACCCGAAUGGUACUGGAUAGUGUGAGAACACUAGUAAUCUGGAUGUUUAGUAUACCAUUCUUUGGCGAAUUGUUUAUCCCGGCUCAGCUCCUCGGCUUCGCACUUCUCAUCCUUGGUAUGUUCGUUUACAACGACAUCUUAAUUGGGCCAUGGUUUAGACAGAAAGUGCUUCCAAACAUGGGCGAGUCACCGUUUACCAGAUGCUGUUUUUCGAUAUGUGGUGCUGACCUCGUCGAAAGUGACCGAGAUAGCCUUCUCAAUGAGGAUGCAUAA